AUGGAGGAACAAACAAUUAUUGACGGUUCAUCUGCGGAUGAAACUAAGGAAGAAGAAGAAGAAGAUUUUAGAAGCUGUUGCGGGGAUGAGGAUGAUGUGAAGGAUAGAGAAGAACCCACAAAGGCAGAUUUACAGGACGAUCUCAAUGAUUAUUCUGUAAAGAUGUACUUCAAGGGUGUGUCUAUAGCAGGUCCUGGAGAUUCUGGUUCUAGGCUUUCUGGAAUUGGGGUGGUUAUGGAGAGGUCAUGUAAUUUAUCUCCAAUUCGAGUGCAGAAAAAGCUCGAUUUCUAUGUGGAAGAGUCAGUGGCAGAUUAUUUAGCUUUGCUGGAUGGUUUAUCAGAGGCUGCAGAAGACAAUAUUAGGCGGGUUUUCGCCUUUACCGAGUCUGAUAUCCUAUAUGAUCAAAUUACAAAAGAUGAGGAACUUGAAAAUCCACUUCUUGCGGCGUUGAGGCAAAGGAUCCUAGAACAAGCUAGUAAUAUGGAAACCUUUGUUCUAAAAUUUGUCCGAAGUACUGAAAUUCAAAAGGCUUUAGAGUUAGCUCAAGUGGCGGUUGGAAUAGUCUCUAUUCCUGCCGAGGGAGAUAAAUUGACUGAAAUUUGUUCAAUCUGUUCUUUGGAAAAGUUUGCAUCAAUGAUGAUCACGAUCAAGUGUUCACACAGAUUUUGUUCCGACUGCAUGAAAACUUAUGUUAAGGAGAAAAUGCAAUCUUCUAGUGUUCCCAUUAGAUGUCCUCAAUUGAGAUGCAAAUACUGUAUUUCCACCGCUGAGUUUAGGUCUUUUCUUCCUGUUACCUCUUAUGAAACUUUGGAGAGGGCCCUUAAAGAAGCAAAUAUCCUCAACAAGAUUUGCUGUCCAUAUAUUAAUUGCUCGGUUAUGCUUGAUCCUCGUGAAUGCUUGUCAACUCGGGGAAGUUCAUCGAGCCAGACAGACAAUGGCUGCAUGGAGUGUCCUGUUUGUCGAGGAUUUAUAUGUGUGGAUUGUGGGGUUCCUUGGCAUACUUCUAUGACCUGUGAAGAGUAUCAAAAUCUCACACUGGAGGAGAGAGAAGAGUGUUACACGAGUUUGCUACAGAAUAAAGGGUGGAGACGUUGCCAGCGGUGCCACAGGAUGAUUGAACGAAGUCAUAGUUGCUACCACAUGACAUGCCGGUGUGGGCACGAGUUCUGUUAUUCUUGUGGUACAGAAAACAGGAAUGGCCAACAGACAUGUGCAUGCGCAUUCUGGAAUGAAGAUUACUCUAAUGAAUCGGCAAAUUUUCCUACCCAAGAGUUUGAACAAUGGGCAUGGGAUUCGUUUGAGUCACUGCCGAUGAUGAUGGAUGCUUAUUCAGAUCAAGAAAAAUCACAGCUGGCAUUGAUCCAGAGGUUCCUUGCAGGGGCAUUCAGUUUGACUGAUCAUCAGCCUCAACAAUCCCCUCCUCGUUGUACAGAUUCCUAUGUUGAUGCCAUGAAGGAUCUGCAUCAGCUACCUUGGCUUGAAAGAUUCGUGUCUGUUAUGAGCGAUAAUUACUAUGACGACUACACUCAAUGA